AUGGCUUCCCCCCAGAAAGUGAAGCGCAUAGUUCUUGUUGCUGCUGUGACGUCAAUUACCAUCGCAGGAACUCUCUACGGUGCAGGUAUCAAAACCGAACGGCAGGUUGCUCAGCAAGCCCAAAAAUCUCGGGAAAUUACAAUCGAUGAGCGUCUCGCAUCACUCCGGAACAUGCGGCAGGGGUUGGCAUCCAAAAGAGAGCUUGUUGCGAAGCAAAUCGAUGACCUAGAAGCCCGAAUUGAAGAAAGGAGACGAAAGAAUUUUGAUGGAGUAAAGAAGGAUCCGCCACACAAUGGAUAA